AUUUUGUUGGGGGCAAUGGUCCUACAGAGGACGAAGAGGCUCCAGACUUACGAAAACACGGACAGAGCCAACAUGGCCGAAGCAGAGGAACGCGAGGCAACUUCAGUCGGGAUACUGCAGGAGAUUUUUACGUCCCCUUUGAACCUAACCCUCCUGGCAUUGUGUCUGUACCUUCUGUACAAAAUCUUCCGCGGGGACAAGCCGCAGGAGCUGGACGAGGCGGAACAGCCAUUACCCAAACUGAAGAAAAGAGACUUCACCCUGGAAGAGUUGAAGCCUUACGAUGGCGUGCAGAGUCCGAGAAUCCUCAUGGCUGUCAAUGGAAAAGUCUUCGACGUGACUAGGGGCAAAAAGUUCUACGGACCGGACGGGCCGUACGGCGUGUUUGCCGGCAGGGACGCGUCCCGAGGCCUGGCGACGUUCUGCUUGGGUGAGGAAGCCCUGAAAGACGAACACGACGACUUGUCCGACUUGAACGCCGCGCAGCAGGAGAGCCUCUCCGAGUGGGAGGCGCAGUUCACCUUUAAAUACGACUUCAUUGGGAAGCUGUUGAAGCCCGGAGAGGAGCCAACGGAGUACACAGACGAUGAGGAAGGGAAGGACAAGAAAGCAGACUAAAGAAUAAAACAUGGAGGGUAGUGAGGUGGAAACAGAUGCCGACGCCUUAAUGCUGUAUCAUGCGUGUUGUUAUUGAAAUGCUGUUCACACAAAGGUAGCGGUAGGUUACGUACAGUGAAACCUGCCUUUUGUUUGUGCUGCCCCCUGAUGUCGUAAGUGUGAACUGGAUCGUUGUUUUGCAAAAAGUGUUUAAUUAGGUGUGUGGUUAAUGAUUGUGGGUCAUGGAUGACUUGAUGCCGAGGCGGCACGGACGCACAACCCUCCUGAAAGGAAAGAGGGGCCAAUCAGAACGAAUGUAAGCAGUUAAGGAUAUAUUUUUUUGGGACCAAGCAUUUCAAAUCAUGCUUUGCUUUUUCAGCUGUCAUUCCAGUUAAAAUACAUCACAUGGUCUACUUUAAUAUAAAUUCAUUGAUCUGAUAACAUUUUUUGAUGUUUGCACACACAGAAUGAAUGUUAUAAUAUUGCAAGCCUGCAGAUGAUAUCAAUUUAAUAAAUAAACCAGUGUAAACCAAAAUAAAUAGUCUAUUCU